GCUGACCCGGCCGCGCGCGCCACAGCCACCAUCGCCGCCACACGCAACAGCGAAUCGCGUCAGCCACCACCGUCGUCGCUGCUGCUGCCGCCGCCGCCGCCGCCGCCGGGUCGUCGUCACUUCGGCUGUCAACCCGACGACGAUACGGCCGCGGUUGCCACCGUCGUCGUCACCGACGCAUCCUAUUGCAUAGUCGACCACGUGUGCCAAUUAGUCACACAGCAGUGAUGUUGAGCCCGAAGAUGCAAAGAUGUGUCCGGGUGGUAGACAAUCAGCUCCUGAUGUUGUCGGACCGCGCCCGUACAGAUAGCACACUCACCGGAAAUCUUCACAAAAAAGCGUCGGACAGCGGAAGAUGGAAGAACCGAUAUUUUGUUCUUUACCAGAAUAUUUUGUUCUAUUACGAAUACGAGAGCUGUAAUAAGCCGUCCGGAGUAAUACUGUUGGAGGGCAGUUAUUGCUCAAAAUUAGAUUUUUCUAGUGGUACGUCGAAAGUCACUGGGAAAAUCCAUCCGGAAAAUGAGCACUGUUUCGUCAUUUCAUAUAACCAUCCUCAAAUGCGGCAGUACGAGUUCCGCGCAUCUUCAGAUACGGCCUGCAAAACUUGGGUGAACGCUUUGAAGCAAGCCAGUUUCAAUAAAUUGCUGCUACAAAAAGAAGAACUUGAACAACGGCACUUGCAUUUGCUACAGGUCGUCGAGAGUGAAAUGACUGCAAAAUGGCAAUACGCCCAACAGGUCGAUGAAUCGGCCUCAGAAAUCAAAAAACUACGCGCAGAAGUAUUAACAUUAAAGAAGGAGCUGCGACCGUUAACAUCGUUUGGCGGGUCCAGCACCGGAUCGUUCGACGGUGGAACGACGGGUUCGUACUCGCGAAGACAAUCCAAAGACAGCUUUAUAUUCUCGGACCCAACCACUUUCAACGUCCAGGACUCAAUCGAAAUGCGCAAGAUCAAGAAAGUGCAGAGUUUCUUUAGAGGAUGGUUGUGCAGAAGACGGUGGAAACAAAUUGUCGAACAAUACAUCAAAAGUCCUCACGCCGAGAGUAUGCGCAAAAGAAACAGCCUGGUUUUCCGCAUGGUUGAAGCCGAGGAAGAGUACGUGAGCCAACUGGAAGUGUUAGUCACGUGUUUUCUACGCCCUUUGCGGAUGGCAGCCAGCUCAAAAAAACCACCGUGCUCUCACGAAGACAUAAGUUCGAUAUUCCUGAAUAGCGAGACAGUAUUGUUUCUGCAUCAGAUUUUCUACAAGGGUCUAACAACCAGAAUGGAAAAUUGGCCCACUCUAAUCUUAAGUGAUCUCUUUGACAUACUACUGCCCAUGUUGACAAUCUACCAAGAAUAUGUAAGAAAUCAUCAUUACAGUUUACAAGUGCUGACCGAAUGUAAACAAAACCCUGCGUUUGUCAAUCUUUUGGAACGAUUGGAAAACAAACCAGCAUGUCAUGCACGAUCAUUAGAAAACUUCCUAAUAGUACCAAUGCAUCAGAUUCCUAGAUACAUAAUAACUCUUCAUGAGAUAUUAGCACACACACCUCAUGACCACGUGGAAAGAAAAAGUUUGCAAACAGCGUGUCAAAAACUAGAAGACUUAAGCAGACAAAUUCAUGACGAAGUUAGCGAAACCGAAAAUUUACGAAAAAAUCUUUCCAUUGAACGAAUGAUUAUCGAAGGCUGUGAUAUUUUACUGGACGUCAAUCAAAUAUUUGUCAGACAGGGUACUCUGGUACAAAUGCCAAUCGCUAGAAAAAAGAGCAGGAUACCCCAUUUCAAAAGUGAAAAAGAAGCAAUAAGACAAUGCUUUCUAUUUACAAACCAUAUGAUAAUCACAACUAGAACUACUAGUGGAAAAUUACAUUUGGCUCCCGAAGUUGGAAAAAUAUCUUUAGCAGACUGUCGUUUAAUUGAGGAUCCUAAUGAUAAAGAGGACGAUAAUAAUAAUCCAGGAGAAUUGGAAAUUCCAGAUGGAAAUAUUGAAGCUGACGAUUCAGCAGGUACUAGCCAUUCGAGUGAUAUUGAGAAUAGCGAUUGUGAAGGCUUAAAAUAUUCAUCUAGCCCAAGUCCAAGUCCUAGUCCAAAACCACAAAAUUACGAUUUUCAACUUUGUGUUGAUUGCAAAUCGUCUACGCCUAUUGCAGUUCAUUUAUAUGCACCCUCUUUACAAGAAAAAACCGCGUGGGUCAGUGAUAUUAGUCAAUGUAUUGAAAACUUAAGAUUUGACGCGAUGCUUCGAAAUUCUAUGUCAGAUACAUCUUCUGUAACAAUGCCGAAUUCAAUGCGUGAUCCAAAGCUUUUUAAAGAUGACAAAGAUAUUAAAUUUAGUAAAUACUACAAUUCCUGUAGGAUUCCGCGUAUUCACCAUGCUACAAAAGAAAAACUGAUAUCUAGACUCGUGGAUUUGAGAUUUUUAUCAAUAGAUUUUCUUAAUACAUUUCUUCUUACGUAUAGAGUUUUUACUGAUGGAGUUACUAUUUUGGAAGCGUUAAAAAAGGUGUUUUAUAACAACGAAGUUGAUGCUUAUGAAAAUAUUGGUCAACCUAUGAAUAACACAUCAUUAGAUCGAAGCGAAUUGCAUAACAAUCAUCAUCUCACCACAGGGGAUAGAGACAGAAGACCCAGUGUUAUUUCGUCAAACCGAAAGAAUAGUGCCGCCAGUUCUGUAUCCGGUUACGGAUCAGAGGUCAGUGAUCGAGAUAGAAGUUCCAGUGUAGAUUAUUGUCCGAGGGGAAGAAAAUACAGUUUUCGAAAACUGGAAGAAGAAGAAAGAAAAAAUAAAGUAAAAGGGUCUGAAGAAUACAGUUCAACAACUAGUUUAUAUCAGCAACCUUCACCGGGACGAAAAGUCAGCAUACUAAUUGAAGAUACAGGUGACAAUUGUCAUUUAGCCCCUCCUUCUAUGGUUAAAGCAACUUCAUCAUCUAGUAAUGAGACUCUAACUGGAGAUAACCAAUCAACAGUAGUUGCAACAUCUCCAUGUAGCAAUAAUAGUAGUUCGACCUUAGUAGCUGCGACUUCUAACUGUGAGAAAAGUCUUAAUAAUAAUAAAACCAGUAGUUUUCCAAAAGUAUCUACACCAGAACGUAAAAUACAAUCACCUUCAAAAGGUUUCCCUAUUCAUCAUGGACAUGCAAUCAAAUUUGGGUCCAUAAUAUCAGAUGCAGCCAAAGAACUUGUAGAAAAAUUCCAUUCAGAAAAGCAUUUUUCCACUCCACAACCACGUAGAAGAAGUUGGUUCAAUCAUGACUGUACUCCAACUAUAAGAAAAAAGAGUGUUGGGCUUUGUGAUGACGACAUAGGCAGCACUGAUGAAAACGGGUGGCUUAGUAACUUGCAUAGUGCAUCAUCAUCGAGAUCAGCUUCACUAGCAAAUUCUAGUAUUGCCCAGUAUUUUUCUAGAAGAAAAUCAUUUGCAUGCGCUGGUGAUGCCGAUGGCUGUUACAGUGGAAACAUAUCACAAAGAGCUAGCAUGCAACACGAUAGUCCUCCACUAUCUAGUCGAGUUGGUGUUGUAAUAACGUCAUCGAGACAAUCAAAAAGAAGAACUGGAAGGCCGGAAUUUUGGAGCAGCACGUCUACUGCUGCUGCAGCGUUUGCUAUUGCAACGUCAGCUUCAAGUAAUCCACGAGAACUUUCUCCAUUACACGAUCAAAGAUGUUGUUCAGUAGAACGAAAAAGAAAAGAAUCUGUCAUGUCCACAGCAGCUACAAUGAGGGUGUUAAAUGUCUUAAAACAUUGGAUAUCAAAACACCCACAAGAUUUUGAAAAUGAAGCACGCCUUAAGAACAUGACUAUAGACUUUUUGGAAGAUAUACUCUUUAGUCCUAAUCUUUUACCAGCUGAGCACAAAAUUGCUGGUCAAUUACUUAGAUUACUUACAAUGGAUGAAACAAAAAAACCUACUGUUGAUCUAAACUUGCUGUUAACUCCGUCUCAGAUUCCUAGUUCUGAAAAUAUUGACACAUUAUCUGCAUUAGAAAUUGCUGAACAAAUGACUUAUAUUGACCAUCAAAUAUUUAUAAGAAUCCAAAGCCAGGAAUUUUUCGGUCGUGCUUGGAUGAAAGACGACAAAAAUAUCAAAGCGCCUCACAUCAUUCUAAUGACCAAGAGAUUCAAUGAAUUGUCGCAGCUGGUCGCUUCGGAAAUAAUGCGUAAGAAUAACGUGGCCGCAAGAGUGAUAACAAUAGAAAAGUGGGCUGCAGUAGCAGACAUAUCCAGGUGUUUGCAUAACUUUAACGGAGUCCUUCAAAUAUGUUCGGCUUUUACUAAUAGUUCGGUGUUCAGAUUGAAGAAAACAUGGGAAAAAGUUUCGAAAGCUACAAAACUGUCAGUACAAAAACUUCAGAUAAUUGUCUCAUCUGAUGGAAGAUUCAGAAACCUUCGUGAAGCUUUGCACAGAUGCGAUCCACCAUGCAUUCCAUACUUGGGGAUGUAUUUAAGUGAUCUAUCGUUUUUAGAGGAAGGGACGCCAAGUUUGGCAGACGACGGUCUACUAAACUUUUCAAAAUUACGUAUGAUUGCGCACGUGGUACAAGAAAUCCGCCGGUUUCAGCAGACCCCGUACAAAAUCGACUUCCACCCUAGGGUGGCCAACUACUUAUUGGACACGUCACUGCUGAUGAACGAAGAUGAGCUGUACACCAGGUCCUUGGAGAUCGAACCCCGGCCGUCUCGGCUCAGCAUCACUACGCUGUCUAACUCACCGCACCACGGCAGCAGCAGCCAAUGACGACGGUUUAGCGCCAAGAGGAAUCAGAGCACGUGCUUUAAGUAAAUGAUCGAUGCGACUGACCCACCUGUGGGCGACAGCAGCGGCGAGUGAUAGCGACUAUAAAAUAUAAAAAUAAUAAUAAUAAUAAUAAUACCUAAUAAUAAAUUAUAAUAAUCGUCUUCGAUAUCAUUACCACGUAUCACGUAUUAGUUAGGUCACUAUAAGUUGGAUCGAGGGUGCUGUAGAGAUAAAUAGAUUUGUUUUCUCGUCUGCGAUGUCAACCAUUUUUCAUCAUCCUAUCUCGGUCACAACUGUUUUCUCGCCGCCGCUCUCUUCGCCCGGAAGGAAUAUCAUUAUUAAUAUAUUGCUGAUGUCGAGCGAAAUUAAUGAUAAGCGAGUACGAUAUCAUAUUGUAUUAACGUCCUUCCGGUGGGCCGUCCCGCUUAGUUUACGUGCACAAUGAGUAGGUAGGUAGGUAGUAGCAUUGAUUAUAGAAUAAUUAUUAAAUAAUAUUCUAUAUUAUAUUAUAGAAUUCUAUAAACAAUGGUAGUAGGUACCUAUAUACAUUUCCGCUUGGCCCCGCUGGCACUACUACGCCAUCGCUAUCAGCUACUUUAAUUUUUACGCAUACAUAAUUGAGUGUUGUACACUUUUUGUGUAUUCUACUAUGAUUAUUAUUGUUGUAUCAUACCGAUACAAUUUUUCCCGUCUUAAGCGGUUUUUUCUUCGAAUUUUUUAAUAAUUUUGUCUUCCAGACUUUGGGAAAAAACGACUGGCACUGCAAUAGCGACGGCAUAGGUAUAUAUUAUACGUCGUACGCUAACAAUAUUAAUGUGCCACAUUAGAAUUUUAACCUGAAUCGUAGGAUUGUUUACUGUAUUUUACUUUUUUAUACAUAUUAGAUAAUAUGUCCUUUGAGCGUAACUACUCAUCAUACGUUAUGCAUAACAUAUUCGAAUGUAAAAAAAAGAAACAACACGUACAAACGAAUACUAUUUCAUUUACAUAAUCAUUUAAUUGUUAAGUUAUUUUUACUAUAUAUUUUGUUAUUCUAUUAUCUGUACCGUUUGUUCUGCGGGCAUAGUUGUUGUUAAGAUGAAAAUAAAUAAAUAUAGAGUUGUGACAACUAUACGAUUAUUAUUAGAUAUAAAUGUAUAGUAUACGAUCAUAAUCGAUUGUCGAGAUGAAUUGUAUAAGCAUUAAUGGAAAAUGUAUCCUUACCCAUCUCAUCAUGUUUAUGACAUAAAAAUAAAAUGGAAAAACAAAAAUAAAAAAUGAUCAUACCGAACAAUCAAAAUAUAAUAUUAGACAUUAAAGCUAUUUAUCAUAUAGUUACUUAAUUUAAUAGAAUAUAGUGUACUAGUGCAACCACUAUAACCCAUUGUUUCUGUGUUUCUAUUUGGCUUCGAUUAAUAUAUUUCAUUCCUUGUCAAUUCAAUAGUAACUUCCUAUGCUUCUGGUAGGCGGUAGAGGACAUCGUACGAAAAUAUCUGUAUAGUAUUAGAUUUUUAUAAACAGACAUAUUAUUACACACGAAAUUUUUGCGCUGCCCUUCUCAUGGUUUUUGCUCAGACAAUUAAUAAUAAAAAUAUACAUUUAUUUCCUACUCGCCUAGACCUUUCGAUUAAUUUUGUUAAAGCGACUAUGAUUCUAUGUGCGUAAUUUCAAUUUAUAUAUUUAGUUACUUAUACGUAGGUGUAUGUGUUGUAUCGUUAUGUAUAAUAUACAUAUUUAAUUUUGAGAAUCAUCACUUAUAAUAAUAAUUAUUAAUUGAUUUGUAAAAAGAUAAUUUCGAUUAUUAUUUUAUUCGUUUAUGCAUUCAUUUGUCGAUGGGUGCGUGCAAGUUUAACGGUUAUUACAGAUAUCGGUUUUCAAAAUUAAUACGCAAACAUAGAGAAAUUAAUAUUAAACACCGAGUGAUAAUGAAAUAAAAAACAUUUUUUUUUUUUUUUUUAAUGAUAAGUUAUAAUAUUAUAAGACAAGCUGUCCCAAUUUUUCUCAAAUUGCCAAAUUUUCUCAUUAACUAUAAUGUAACUAAUGAAAUAAAUAUAUGACAAUUUAUUUGUGUGAUACGAGUUUCUUUCAUAUUUACUCUUCUUUUUCUAUAUACUAUC